GUGAGACAAUACUACUUCCAUACUAAAGAGGUAGGCUUUUUUUGGAGGUCUCAAGAAGGUAACAAAUACAAGAAAGUGUGUGUGUGUGUGCGUGUGUGUGAGAGUGUGUGUGUGUGUGUGUGUGUGUGUGUGUGUGUGUGAGUGUGUGUGAGUGUGUGUGUGUGUGUGUGUGUUCGUAAAUGAGCUAGGAUGGGAGGGGGCAGAGGUAGGGAUGAAUUACGUCGGUGAGGGCCAGUGGAGGGACGCGGUGCAGGCUUGCAGCUGCAGGAGGAGGAGGGAUACGGGGAGGGUUGACGCGGCGGGGAUGAGAUUAACGCUCAUGCUAAUAACAACAACAAAAUCCCAAAAUAGAUUGUUCGAUUACAGCUGGAUGGAUUGAAAGUGUUUAAAGUCAGCAGAUUAGAUGACCGAGGGACCGAGGGACGCCGGGAAGAUGCGCUGCGUCCGCGGGGCUUGCGGCUGCUUCUGCGGCGGCGGCGCGCCCUCCGAGCCCGGGGUGAGCAGCGGCGACGCGCAGCCACCGCGCGCGUAGAUGGCCAGCGCAGGUGUCCGGGAAGUGUCGUCACGAGUGGUCGCCGGGCGGAGGGGGCAACGUCCGCGGGGAUGAUGGCGGCCAAGUCCGACGGCCGAGGGGUCGUCACCGGCUUCGCCCAGCUGCGCAACCUGGACGAGGUGGUGGGCACCGGGGAGGAGGGCCGCGACAACGGCAGCUCCUUUCACAUCUGCCACUGCUGCAACACCUCGUCGUGCUACUGGGGCUGCCGGAGCGCCUGCCUGCACUACCUGCGCUCCAGGCGGAGGGACGCGGCGCGGCCACCGCAGGAGGAGCAGCGCCUCUGGCUGGACUGCCUGUGGAUCGUCCUGGCCCUUCUGGUCUUCUUCUGGGACGUGGGGAGCGACGUGUGGCUCUCCGCGCAUUACUACCGCAGCCAAGACUUCCUGUGGUCGGGCAUGACCCUGUUCUUUGUGCUGGUGCCCUCGGUCCUGGUGCAGAUCCUCAGCUUCAGGUGGUUCGUGCAGGAUUACACGGAGGGCGGACUGGGCUCCGUGCAGGGCUUGACGAGUCGCAGAGCCGCGGCCAGUCUGCACCGGGACCGCUGCUGUCGCCUCUCGGUGUGGGUCUGGCAGAGCCUCCUGCACGUCUUUCAGAUGGGACAGGUGUGGAGAUACAUCCGCACCAUGUACCUGGGCAUCCAAAGCCACCGGCAGAAGGAGAACCAGCGGCGCUUUUACUGUGCCAUGAUGUACGAGUACGCUGACGUCAACAUGCUGCGACUGCUGGAGACCUUCCUGGAGAGCGCGCCUCAGCUGGUGCUGCAGUUGUGCAUCAUGAUCCAGAGCAACCAGGUCGAGUGGCUGCAGUGUUCUUCUGCCAUGUCCUCCCUCCUGUCCCUGUCCUGGGUGCUAUCGUCCUACCAUAAGCUCCUGCGCGACUCCCGAGACGACGAGAAGAGCAUGAGCUACCGCGGCGCUCUGGUGCACCUCUUCUGGCGCCUCUUCACCAUCUCCUCCCGGGUGCUCUCCUUCGCCCUGUUCGCCUCGGUUUUCCACAUCUACUUUGGCAUUUUCGUGGUGCUCCACUGGUGCGCCAUGGCUUUCUGGGUCAUCCACGGCGGCACCGACUUCUGCAUGUCCAAGUGGGAGGAGGUGCUGUUCAACAUGGUGGUGGGCGUGGUCUACGUCUUCUGCUGGUUCAACGUGCGCGAGGGGCAGACGCGCUACCGCAUGGUGGCCUACUACGCCGUGGUGCUGCUAGAAAACGCCCUCCUCAGCUCGCUGUGGUACGCGUACCGAGACCCGGCCACCACUGACGCCUACGCCUCCUAUGCCCUCUGUAGCGUCUUCCUGUGCUUUGCCUCGGGUGUGGCCUGCAUGGUCCUCUACUACGGGGUCCUGCACCCUAUGGGCCCCCGCCUGAGGGUCUAUGCCAGCUCCUGUUGUGCGGAACUGCUCUGGGGCCUCCCGUUACCCCCCGAAGCUGAGCCCAUGGCCACCACGCCCGGCCCACGGGGCUCCCAGGCCACUCCAACGCGGGGGCUGGCGGGGGAGUACACGGAGUCUGAUGAAACCGCCACAGACACCUGCCUUCCUGUUUUCCAGGUGAGGUCCACAGAGCCCAUGGACGCAUCCGGCAGGCCCAUCCAAACGGAAGGCCCCCUCAUAAAGAUAGACAUGCCCAGGAAGCGCUACCCAGCCUGGGACGCGCACUUUGUGGACCGACGCCUGCGCAGGACCAUCAACGUGCUGCAGUACAUCAGCCCCAACGCCGUGGGCAUCAGCAUGCAUCUGAUUGUGAGGCGAUGAACGGUUCCUGCACGACGACCCCUCUGAUUCCUGUCGCAGUGCGUUCCAGUUUUACAGUAACAUCUCCACCCGCUCUUACAGUAUAGGAAGAAAUGUCUUUUGUUUUCCUGAUAACUUGGUGCUCAACAAACUCACUCAGUGGUGCUAACAUUGUGGAGUCCACUUUUCCGGGGUUUUCCAAAGAGCAUAAACAAGAAAAAAAACACAAUGCUCGAAAGCAAGCACCUCAAAACCACAAAAAUCUACAGCAGAACUUCCUAAUGGUGCCAUUUUUUUGUUACCACUCAAUGCACAAACAAAAGUGUUCGCAUUGUGUUGUAGUUAUCCUCAGCCUACUUUUUACUUUCAUUUCUUGUCUGUUUGUUAUUUUCAUUCUGGGACAAUGAAAUGCUACAUCAUUUGGUCCCAGAAGCACAAAAACUCCAGAAAGGAAUUGUCUCAAAAAAGAAUAAACACAAAAAAAAUUGUUAUAUCUAGAACGUGUUUGCGGUGUUGUAAAGUCAUCUAUAUGUCCUGUUUGUGUUUUAUUUCAUUAUUAUUGUAGAAUUGGCUGUAACAUUUUAUUGGGAAAUGAAUUUGAUAUUGCAAUGACUAUGAGUGUCACAUUAAUUGCUGCUGAUUUCAAAUAUUAUGACAAAAAAGUGUUGCUUUGUUAAUAUUCACUCAAUUUCUAGAUUGUGUUAGCUUGUGGGUGUAUAUUCAAAUAACUUCUCCCUGGGCUGUAUUUGAUUUCUAUCAAUGGAUGAUUAAAACAAUUGGCACAGUGUGUAAAUUUAGAGAUGGAUUUCAUUGUGAUGGUUGAAUAUAAAAUGUAAUUUCAUGGAAUUCCCUUUCUUUAAAAAAACAAAAAAACAAGCAGAUGUCCAGUAUUGUACCUUUGCCCUGUUUCAGGGAACAAUAUGAAUAUUAUUAAUAUGAAUAACAUAUGGUGCUAAAGUUCUUUUUGUAUGUUUUGGUUUUUAGAUUAAUUAACUAUUAUGCUGAAAAUAUAAUGUAAGCCUUACUGUAGAUUCAUAUAUGAGACUGUUCAUCCCAGAAGAGAAAAAUAAAUAUAGUAUUUGAAAGUGCUGUAUGAUUUGUAUUGUAUUCAUUUCACAUUUAAUUGAUUAGGUUCUGCAAAGGUGAGGUUUACACAUAACUAUUUAUUUACCUGAAUAUAAGACAACAACC